AUGGAGAAAUUCAGUAAAUGGGCCGAUCGGUCUUCGGGGGUGAACCCGUUCGUUCCCUUCCCGCCCCGGUCUCCCAAGUCUCUCUGCCUCCUGGUUCCGGUGUACCUCCUGCGGCUGUGCCUGGCCCUCGUCCGCAUGCCGGUGGCGCUGUCCCUUCUCAUGACGGCUUCCGUCGGAGGCGCUCUGUCCAGAUACUUGCCGGUGUUGAUGGCGUUUUGGGCGGCGGAGCGAGCGAUGAACGGGUUUUCGUCCGACCAGGUCUGGAGCACGAGGUUUCUCCUGGCGAUCCCGCUGCUGGUGUUUGCUCAGUUCGGAGCAUCCGUGUUCCGGGUGUUCCUGGUGCGGAUCCCCCUCCGGCUAGCGCUGUCCGUGAUGGGCAUCAAGCUGGAGGAAAAACACGCCGACCUCAGGCGCCUCGGAUUACGGUCGCCGGCAGCGGAGCCGCCUUCUGGUCGGCCCGGAGGGGGCAUCUACCGGGGCGAUAUCAUCGUUAGAAACAGCUGCUGCUUUCUCGAGGUGCUGUACCUCCAGUCUCGGGUCACCCCGCAGUUCACGGCCAUCGCCGCGGGAGGGGGAUCAGCACCGGUGAAUUUGACUAGAAUCCGGUUUGUCUCUGCGGUGCUGGGCUCGUUCCGGGGGCCUCCUGCAGCCGGCGCCCUCAAGAAGGAGCAAACUUUGCGUGAUAUCGUCACGGCACCACGAGGAAGGACGCGCUCUAUCGUCGUCGCCCCCGAGGCGGCGCGCACAAACGGAGCCGGGGUCUUGCAGCUAUCCCGGGUGUUCGACUCCUUGGCGCAUCCCCCCUCAGGGGACACCAGCGGCUACGUAGCCCAGCCGGCGGUGCACCUGGUGACGUUUUCGUACAACAGGGGCGGCAGAGGCGACGGCGGGGGGCGGGGGGGGUUCAGCCCGGCUCAGCCCGUGGGGUCGGCGUUGCGGCAGCUCUUCUGGCUUUGCUCUCAGUUGUCGCGAACCACGAUGGAAGUUUCUUGGGUGGCGGCUGCAGACGUGCCCAGGUUUCCAAUGAGGGCGAUCAGUCGCAUUUCCUCAGAUCCUUCUCGGAAGUUUCCUGGCCCGUCUCAGCUGCAGACGCCAGCGGCUUGGACAGAGGAGAUUCGGUCGCUGAUGGCGGCGAUGAUCGGACGGCCCAAGCUUGCGCUCGGCAGCAAGGACUUCGCCACCUUCGUAGCAUACUACGACCUGGUCAGCAAGGGAGACAAGGCUGGGGCGGCCGCGCUCGCAGACUCUCGCAGCAAGAACUGA